AUGGACGAUCCAUCGUUCUCCUUCCAGCAACAGAUUGCCUCGCCGCGUACUUCGGAAGAUCCAGGCAGACGCGAUCCGGCUGCUUUGCUCGCUAAUUCGUUGCACCUCGCGCCGACACCAGAAAAUCAGUCUGUAGGCCCAAGCAGCAGCGGCAGCCAAGCAAUUGCGCAGGAUGGAGGUUCGAAAGUCAGGUGCACUGGGGCUGCUGGCGGAGCCACGAAGGAACGCCGACGAGAUCAGGCGUGUGCUGCAUGUGGGAAACCGAUGAGCGGACAGUUCGUGCGUGCGCUUGGAACAGUGUACCACUUGGAUUGCUUCAAGUGCCGCGACUGCGGGAAAGUCGUAGCGAGUAAGUUCUUCCCCGCGACCGACGACAUGAUCGACGCAAGCGGCGAGCAGAAUGGGUUACUCUUUGCGCUAUGCGAGACGGACUACUUCCGGCGCCUUAACCUGUUGUGCGCCAAGUGCGGCGGCGCGCUGCGCGGCAGCUACAUCACCGCGCUGGGCAUGAAGUUCCAUGUGGAGCACUUCACGUGCUCCAUCUGCCCGACUGUAUUUGGGCCGCAGGACAGCUACUACGAGCACGACGGCAAGGUCUUCUGCCACUUCCACUACUCGACACGCUUCGCCAUCCCUUGCACCGGCUGCAGGACAGCUAUUCUCAAGCAGUUCGUCGAAAUCAAUCGGAACAAUGUCGACGAGCAUUGGCAUCCGGAGUGUUACAUGAUCCACAAGUUCUGGAACAUCAAGCUAUGCCCCACUGGCAUGACCCCACGAGAAGGAAACAUCCAAAUGGAGCCGACGGCGAAUCCGUCUACGCCGAAUCCGUCCAAUUCGGGCAUGGCACCGACGACGUCAGCGUCGGCCGAUGCCACGCCGUCCGCCGAGGCACUGGAGCUGGAGGAGAAGGAGACGCCCGUGACGUUAAAGCAGAAGCAGAAGCUGAUGGAGGAGCGCGUCUACCGCAUCUGGACUGUCCUCUCCGCCUUCGAGGAGAGCAGCGCCGCGUGCAUCUCCGAGAUGCUGCGCGACGUCAGCAGCGGUCGCUACCUCGGCGGCGUCAAGAUGGCCGAAAAGUUCAUUCUCCACGUCGAAGUCCUUUUCUCCGCGAUCGAUGCACUGGAGGCCGAGUUCCGUCGUGCUCAUGUCAAGGGGAUCUCACACAUCCGCGAAGCGCGCAUGCUCUGCAAGAAAAUCGUCAACUUCUUCUCCUUACUCUCGCACACGCAGGAGACCGGCGCGCGCAGGAUGGGCAUCACGCAGGAGCUCCUCUCACUUGUCACAGGUAUGGCGCACUACCUUAAGAUUCUCAUCCGCAUCACGCUGUCUGGCGCGCUCAAGCUCGAUCGCGAGCACAGCAACGCGUCCGCCAUCAUCGCCUUCCUCGACCAGCUCGCCACACUCGCCAAGGAGGGAAGCCGCGAAUCCCCAGCGAGCGCAGAGGGUGUUGCGCUCAUCAAGAACCAAGAGCUUGAGGGUGGUGCAGAAGCAGCUGCUACAGCAGCAAGCGGAGGCAGCGGCCUCAUCGGCUCGUAUGGAUACCACAGCCUCCCGCGGAGCACGACGAUGAGCACGCGUUUGGCAGAGAGUGGCGAUGUCGCCACGGAUCUCUGCAUCGGCUGCGGCCAGACGGUCGAAGAGGAGUGUUUGCGCUUAGGCAUCAACUCGCGCUGGCACUCGAGCUGCUUCCGCUGCAAGCAGUGCCAACGCCCAACGACCAGCUGGGCGCCAAAGAAGAUCGUCGCGAGCAGCAGCCUCAACGGCACGGCGCCGGAGAACGCCUCGACGCAGACGAUCGAGGGCGCCCCUCCUGCCUUGCCGCCGUCGGAUUUCACCGUUGACUCGGUGCGCACGCCGUACGACCCGACUGUGCCCGGCGGCGCCACCCGUCCCAGCACGACUCAUACACCGUACUGCCUGCAUUGCGCGCCAGCUGAUGCACGACGCGGCAUCGAGACGGUCACGCGCCUGGAGCAAUACGCUUUCCUGCUACGCGUUGCUCUGAACCGCCUCUAUGCGUUGCUCAAGAAGCGCGGCGUUGUGCCGCCCUCUCCGCCCAUUACUGAUUCGGCGCAGCUCGCGUCGGACGAAGAUCUGCGGGAUUCAUCGGACAUCAAGCGCAUGCGCUCCGUCAAUCUCGAUCGGAAACUGUCGACGAAGGCGAAGCUGCCUCACAUCUCCACCGUCGUUGGCAGCCCGUCCGGCCGGCAGCCUGCCACGCAGGCCAUGUCGCCCAUUGAAAAUUCGCAGCCCGGCAGCAACACUAGCAGCAGCAUCCCCAAGGCCGCUUUUCACCGCAGCCCAUCGCCCCAGCGCGCAGCUGACCCUUCAUACGAAGGCAGAGAGGCACCACGGCCUCCUGUGGCACCGCAUCGGCUCUCUUCGCGCGACGUGUCGCCCAACCCGAAUAACGACCCGAGCCAGCUUGGCUUCACCCGCGGACCCUCGCCGCAAAAGGGAGGUGCCAGUGGCGGCCAGGCACUUGGGUCAAUCAUCCCCAUUCGACCUGCGUUUGCGCGCCACAACACCGACGUGCGCAUCCGCGACGAUGGGCCUAUCCGCCAGGUUUCGGGCGACGACAUACCGCGCCGCCGGCUCGGAACGGGCGAAGAUGGCAUCACGCUUGCGGAUAUCCCCCAGCUGCUCGAGGCCGAGCAGGCGCGCGAACAGCAUCGUGCUCUCCCCAGCGAUCAUGGCAGGCCGUUUGCCGAGCUCUCCGCCCUCGAACUGUUCAUCGUCAAGCACAUAGCUGUCAUGGUUCUGCAACAGUCAGCGCUUAAGGACCUCGUUCCUCUCGACGACCUGAUUGAGUUCAUUGAGACGCGCAAGAACACCUUCUGGGGAAAGCUUUUCAAGGGCGGCAAGGACAAGAAGGAGAUCAAGAAGAAGGGCGUUUUUGGCAUCCCGCUGGAAAUCCUCGUCGAGCGCAGUGGAGCCGACUCCACGCUAGGCGCUAGUACUAGCCACCUCCGAGUGCCGUCUUUUGUGGAUGACAUCAUCUCCACCAUGAAGCAAAUGGACGUUUCAGUCGAAGGCAUCUUUAGGAAAAAUGGCAAUAUUCGACGACUGAAGGACCUGACGGAGGCGUUGGACAGGGACAGCUCACAGGUCAAUUUGUCCGAGGACAAUCCUGUGCAACUAGCAGCUCUCCUCAAGAAGUUCCUUCGUGAAUUGCCCGACCCUCUGAUGACCUUCAAACUACACCGCCUAUUCGUCACCUCACAAAUGCUCGAGCCCGAGUCGGAACGCAUGCGUAUUCUUCACAUGGUCACCUGCUUGUUGCCCAAGGCGCACCGCGACACGAUGGAGAUUUUGUUUGUCUUCCUCAAGUGGGUCGCGUCUUUCUCGCACAUCGACGAGGAGACGGGUAGCAAGAUGGACUUGUCCAAUUUGGCCACGGUGCUGGCACCGAAUAUUCUCUACUCGAAGGGCCCAAAUCCAGCGAAAGACGAGACAUUCCUCGCUAACCGCGCAGUCCUCAACAUUCUUGAGAAUCAGGACAGCUUCUGGACAGUGCCACGAGAGCUCGAGGUCGUCCUGCAAGACCGCGAGCUGAUGCAUCAGUCGUCAGACAUGACUUCGCGGGACAUUCUCAAACGAUGCGAGAAGCAUGCAUUGCAGCAGAAAGCAUCUGGAAAUCGACUACGAGCCGAGUACAAUGGUAGCAAGCAGCCGUUCAUGCGGCCAGGUCCCCAGCCCUUUGGUUCCGGUGGAAUGCAGCCUCAGCAAUACCCUCAUACACACCCUCAUCAACAGCCGCUCCAGUCGCACCAGCCACAGCCACAGUCGCAGUCGCAGCAACACCAGCAGCUGCUCCAGUCGCACCAGCCACAGCCACAGUCGCAGCAACACCAGCAACCGCUCCAGUCGCACCAGCCACAGCCACAGUCGCAGCAACACCAGCAGCAGCAACAGGCGCCCCGAAUGUACGGCAGUCCCGAUCUGGAUCGAGGUCCGAAUUACCCUCCGAUCGCUUCAGUUCGAAAUUAA